CGGUAUCUAACACAUAGUACUAGUCUUUUUUUUUCCUUCAAAGAAAUUAAUAAGAAUUUCGUCCAUAUUUAUAAAAUCUAGGCCGUUUAUCCAAUUAAUCUUUUUCAUAAAAGUCCUUAGUUGAGGUGGAUCCAGCAGAAGGGACGCAGAGAAAAAAGGAGAAAGAAAAAUGUGGAGCUCAGGAUUGCUGAUAAUAGCGCUGUUGUUGACAGUAGAAUGUAUGGAAGUAGGUUUAAAUACACUGAAUAAAGCAGCCACCACCAGAGGAAUGAGCAAUUUCGUUUUCAUCUUCUAUGCCAAUGCCUUGGCCUUGUUCUUCCUCCUCCCUUCCACCUUCAUUUAUCAUAGCAGAAUCAGACCUUGCAGAAAACUCGAUUUCUCAAUGUUCUGUAGGAUGUUUCUUCUUGCCCUUCUCAGCUGCUCUGUGCAAAUAUUGUUGUAUUUUGGGAUAGAGUAUAGCAAUCCAACUCUGGCCUCAGCAAUGACAGAUCUUGUUCCGGCUUUCACUUUCCUAAUUGCUGUAAUUACCGGGAUGGAAAAGUUAGGAUUGAAAGUGAAAAGCAGUCUGGCAAAGUUUAUUGGGACAAUAACAUUACUAAUUGGGGCACUGCUUAUGACUUUUUAUAGAGGCCCUCCCAUUAUUUUCAAUAAAUCAAAAUUUCCUAAAUAUUAUCAUCAACUUCUCAUCACUACAAAAUCAAGUUGGAUCCUCGGAGGUUUUCUCCUUGGUGGUGCUAACUUCUUGCUUGCACUCUUAUAUAUCGUCCAGGCAUGGAUUAUAAAUGAUUUUCCAGAAGAAUUUAUGAUGACAACAGUUACUUGUGGCUUAGUAACAAUCAUGUCAGCUGUGGUUGCCUUAAUUGCUGAACGAAAUCCGAGUUCUUGGAGACUUAAACCAGAUUUGGAGUUGAUUACUAUUUGUUACGCUGCAAUUUUGAUGGUUUUCCUUAGAAGUCUUAUUUUUGUUUGGGCAUUAAAGAAGAAGGGACCUGUUUUUGUUGUAAUGGUUAAGCCACUUGGAAUGGUAGCUGCUGUAAUAUUGGGGGUUACUUUUCUUGGUGAUAUUCUUCAUGUUGGAAAUGUAAUUGGUGGAACGAUCAUAGCUUUGGGUUUCUACUCUGUGAUGUGGGGAAAAGCUAAAGAAGAAAUUUGUGUUGAAGACAUAAGCAUGGAUACUGGUUCGGCCACUACCACAGUACCUCUACUACAUAGGCAAAGUCAUAAUCCUUAACUAUAGGUGUUUUCCUUUUUUCAGUUGUAUUUAUANUUUUAUUUUCUUCUUAGUGAAUGAGAAAAUGCAUGUAUGUGCAAGUGUUUUUCAAUAUUUUGACAAGGAAUCAGUGGCAUACAGAGAGGCUGAUCCAAGAUUUAAAUCUUAUAGGUUCAACUUUUAAUUUUUUA